UUUCUCCUUUCGGUCACACUGACUUUGUCUCAACAAAAGCAAUAAAGAAAAAAGCAAUCAAUGGAGAACAAAGAGAAAAACUUUACAGAAGGAUUUUUGUGAUGUUCAUUUCUGAACAAACAGCAGAUCUUUGACUCUCAUUGUGAUUUAUUUUUGAAAACCGUCGUUCAGAAAGUGAAAGUAAAGUUUAGUUUGCGAGACUCAAACGGUGAAAAUGGCUUCAGCAGCUGAAGAUGAUUAUAUUUGUCCUGUUUGCUGUGAAAUCUUCAAGGUUCCUGUUUUUCUGUCCUGUAGUCACAGUUUCUGUAAAGAGUGUCUUCAACAGUUCUGGAGAACUAAGGAAACUCAGGAGUGUCCUGUCUGCAGGAGAAGAUCCUCAAAAGAUCAUCCUCCAUUUAAUCUAGCGUUAAAAAACUUGUGCGAGUCGUUCCUGAAGGAGAGAAAUGAGAAACGUUCAUCAGGAUCUGAGGAGAUCUGCAGUUUACACAGUGAGAAACUCAAACUCUUCUGUCUGGAGGACAAACAGCCUGUGUGUUUAGUGUGCAGAGACUCAGAGAAACACACCAAUCACACAUUCAGACCCAUCAGUGAAGUGCUUUCAUCAUACAAGGAGGAGCUCGAUACAGCACUGAAGUCCUUACAACAGAAACUUCAACACAAUGAAGAAAAGAAAGGAGAGUUUGAGAAAACAGCAAAACACAUCAAUUCUCAAGCUGAGCACACAGAGCGUCAGAUUAAAGAAGAGUUUGAGAAGCUUCAUCAGUUUCUCAGAGACGAAGAAGAAGCUACAAUCACUGCACUGAGGGAGGAAGAGGAGCAGAAGAAGCAGAGGAUGAAGGAGAAGCUGGAGGAGAUGAACACACACAUCUCAGCUCUUUCACACACACUCAGAGACAUGGAGGAGAUGAUGAAAGACAAUGACGUCUCGUUUCUAAAGAACUAUAACGUCUGGAUGGAAAGAGUCCAGAUCUCACAGCCGGAUCCACGGAUGAGUUCUGGAGCUUUGAUUCAUGUGUCGCGUUAUCUGGGUAACCUGCCGUUCAGAGUCGGGAAGAAGAUGCUGGAAACUGUCCAACACACUCCGUUGACUCUGGAUCCAAACACAGCACAUCCUCAUCUCACACUCUCUGCUGAUCUGACCAGUGUGUCGGUCAGUGAUGAAGUUAAAACAUUUCCUGAUAAUCCAGAGAGGUUUGACAGGUAUCCAUGUGUCCUGGGAUCUGAGGGCUUUAACUCAGGAACACACUGCUGGGAUGUGGAGGUUGGAGACAGUACACGCUGGGGUCUUGGAAUAACCACAGCAUCAAACCAAAGGAAGGGAAAGGAUUUCUUAAACUCUAAUAUCUGGUGUGUGCGGUUCAUAAACAGCAAAUAUAUCUCACAAUCCCCAGAGCAACCCGACACUGUCUUCACUGUUGAACAGAAGCUCCAGCGUGUGAGAGUUCAGCUGGACUAUGACAGAGAAACAGUGUCAUUCUCUGAUCCUGUAACUAACACACAUUUACGCACAUUCAGGACAUCCUUCACAGAAACUGUCUUUCCAUACUUGGGUAAUGCCCACUCUACUCCUCUGAGGAUCUUACCAGUUAAACUGUUUAUUACAGCAGAAAAUCACAGUUAAAUCUGCUUCUGCUUCUAGAUUAAUACAGUUUUGCUAAUUAUACUUCAAUAAUAACACUGUAAUCAAAGGGUCUGAUUGAUCAAUCACACUGAAAUGUUUCUUUGAGGACAUGUUUGUCUCUUUCAGUUUAUUUUAUUUUUGUAUAGUUUUUUUCCUGUGUUCUGGAUCGAUUUUGGCACAGUGGAAUUUUCUUAUUUCCUUUCAUAAAUCACUGGGUUCACACAAUAGAAACACAUUAAAACUGCAAAUUUCUUUUUAUCUCAGGGCCAUUUAACAAUAAAAUGAUGCAGUCUUAGUUAUUAGACUUUUGGUCUGUUGGCAAGGCUUUAAAGAAAAAGUUUUAUUUUAUUUUUUCUUUUACAAGAUGGUGCCGUUUUCUCAGGUUUGUUCUAUAAAGUGAAUACUAUUUUUUUCCCUGUGUUCUGCUUCUGCAUAUUAGAGUUAAUUGGAUAAAUUAUUGUGUAAUAAUUGCGUUUGUGUUUAUUUGAGGUUUGUGUAUAUGUACUAACAUUUUUAUUUUUGCAUGCAAUAGUUGAUAAAGAAAAAUUGUUGUAUUUUAAAUCCCAAAGUAAUUAUUUGUAUUAUACAUUCAAUACCUCAUAUGUUCAUAUGUUUAUUAUCCUUUAACUCGAGCUCUUAAAUUUUUCAGCUGUUUAUUUUUUAUACUUCUUUACCUCAUAGUGUAAUGCUACAUUCCCUUGAGGAAAUAAAACUGCCUGAACAGACAAAUAAUUAGUGAUGGGCAGAUCGAGGCUUCGUGAAGCAAUGAAACAGUUGAAGCAAAUGUGCCAUAUUGUUUCGAGGCUUUGAAUCAAUCCGACACCCGUCUCCACGGCGACACCUAGUCUUUCUUUCUGUCUUUGUAUCUAUCCAUUCUAUGUAGGCUAUCUAUCUAUUAAUGUCUACAGUAUCUAUUAAUCUAUCUGUCUAUAUAUAUUUCUAUCUAUGCAUCUAUUAAUGUGUCACUAUAUGUACUAUGUCUGUCUCUCAGUCAAUGUGUAAAUUUAAAUGGAAGCCUAAAUAUAAUGUGGGGAUCUACUCAGGCAGGCAUACAACAUACAGUAGCUGCAGCACAUCCAGGCAACACCCAGAAUCAUGUGAUCUGUUGUAAGAUCACAUGACUAAUCAGGAACUGAUAAAUGUUUGCUAGCUGCAAAGCAGACAUUCUUUUCGGUUGAUGCUAGGUGUGGUUGUGUGAGUUGGACUCUCAUUUCAUGCAGGGUAAUUCUAGAAGUGCACGUCUUCUCUUCACGGGGGACACAGGCUUCUGUUUGGAAGUUUAACUUUUAUGAGAUCACCUCCAUUGUGACUCGAGCUGCAGGAACGCAGUGCACUGCAACGGAACGUUCCCCUUUUAUCUGCAUGUGUUAAUGCGCUGUGGCCUGUGGGACAAUUGAGCAUACUGAAAAGGACCAGGCCAGCCACUGUUUCCAUGUGAUUUUCGAAGCAUUUCUUUAUUGCUUCCUGUUGCUUAAUUUUUUGUUUGAUAUUGUUUGGUUAUCUGUAUUUUUGCCACUCAUGUGCCACAGUCAUAUUAGCAUUUAUUUUUCUUGACUAAGUGUUGCCUUUUAUGCUGGUGGUUCUCCUCCCUGACUAUGUCUUUUGCGUAGGUUAUCCUUGUACAAGGCCGGAUCUAGACUGAUAAUAACUACAACACGGUGUGACAUUUUGUAGUGGUAUCUAAAGGUCUUAAGUGUGUAUAGCUUGCUGUGUUGCAUGCUUCGACUGGUGCUGGGUUGCUGUCUCCCUAGGGGCCUCCUGAGCAGGGGUUGUGCAUUCGCUGAUCCGACCUUCCUAUAUGGAGGAAAAUCCACCAGCCAUUUAUCCCAGCAUUUUUUAAGAUCUAUUUUAAUAACUUUUCUACGUCUUUUUGCACAAAAUUAUGUAAUAAAUUU